AUGGUCACUGGUAUCGAGGCUGCAGGGCUCGCUCUCGCGCUGCUACCGCUCUUCGUGAACCAGAUCGAUGGCUACGUCCGCGGUAUAGAGAAGAUCAAGGCUCUGAAGCGCUACCGACGGGAGUUUAAAGGCUAUUCAGUAAGCCUUAGUACACAGCAUGCUAUUCUACUGAACACGCUAGAACAAGCAUUGGAAGGGGUCGUGGAUGAUGAGGAUCAAGUUUCUGAGCUCAUAUGCGAUCCACAGGGCGAUGGAUGGAGGGACCCAGACUUGCAAAAGCGUUUACGUUCGAAGCUGGACCGAAAUUACGAGGUGUUCAUGGGAAAUAUGGCCGGGCUCUCUGAGUUGCUAGAACAACUAUCGCACAAGCUAGAUAUUGGCUCAACUGAUAUAAAGACACCCGCCACAGAUGCCUGGAGUAUAUGGAAAUUUCGAAAGAUCCUCAGCAAAGCAGUCUAUGAUGAUCUCCUCGCGAAAAUUGAUGGAACCAAUACAAUCCUCAAGACUCUGGUCGACCAGUCAUUCCACGCAGAAGAUACCAAGAAGAGGCGACAGGGCUGGAACUAUCUUCUGAAACGGUAUCAAAAGGCGCGCAAGCAUGCUGAGGGUCUGUUUAAGGCAAUUAUUGGAGAGACCUACUGGCGCUGUCAGUGCAAGAAAAACCAUUGCGUCCACCUCCAGCUGCAAACAAACUCCUUACGAAGCACCGAAGAAUACCGGGAUAACGACUUCGAAUCCCAAUUUCGAAUGAUCUUUUCUAACACGAAGGAGGCGGAUCUAACGUGUCUAUGGACUUGGACAGAAGUGGUGUUUGAGCCUUGGCAGGUUGAAGAGAUGGUAACAGUUGCUAGUCGCUCCCGAAAUGACGAUCCCAAGUAUCGUCAGAAGUCUAAGGUUCCGUUUGAUAUCCCUCCCAUGGAAGAACAGUCCUCGGAAAAACGCCGAAAGGCUCUAUCUGCUCCCCCAAUCCAAGACUUUUGUUCGUCUCUCUGCGUCGCCCAAUCAUGCGCUGGGCGGCUGGAGAGCAUAGGGUCCAUUUCGAAUGACCUAGAUGCCUCCGUUAAAUAUACUAUGCAUGCCGUGAAGAUACUUCCAAAAGGCAUCCCCCAAAAGCCUCUCCGCGAGGUACUAUCCCAUAUCAGUCGACGGGACCGCCUUCAUAUUGCUACUUCUCUAGCAUGUGGUUUGAUCCAAUUCGGCGGUAAUUGGUUGAAAACCUGGUGGGAUAUCUCCGAUGUAUAUCUGGCCGCUACAAGCGACGAUGGUGGAAAUGUACUAUUGGAUAAUCUAUACCUAUCAUGGCCUAUUUCCACGAGCACAACGCCAGGACCUCGCAAUGAUACUAAGUACUCCAACUUUGGGGAUAAUUGCCUAUUACCACUGGGGCUUGCGUUGGUGGAGCUGUCUCUUGGAAAGUCUCUCCCCACCUUGUUGGAUAUGGAGGAUGGGAAUCAGGAUAAACUAGUCAGUAUAUUCAAGACUGCAUCGUGGCUUGUCAAAAUGGUGUACAUGGAGAGUGGGACGAAUUAUGCCGAUGUGGUUAAUAGCUGCUUGUCUUGGUCUGCUCUAUGUCUUGAAAAAAAGUUCGAGGAGCGUGUCUUCGACACUAUCGUUUCCCCGUUGCUGAAAGACUUGGACAAUUUUGAGGGUCGAGUAUAA